CAAUGGGGCAUGGCGGCAUUUCAGUUCAUGUUUCGGAAUCGGAAGCGUUGGAUUUCUCUCGUCAACUCUGCUUGUCCACGAUGCAGGACGACAGUGAUCUCGACGAGACAGAAGAGCGUUCCCUCGAAGGACAACCCGAGCAGUAUCGUCAAACCGAUCGCGAAGACUGGGCAUUACGUCGUCUCCAAGCUCAAGUUUCUCCUCGAAGGUUACGAUAUGAUACUGAAAAAGUUUCCUGUGGCCUACAGACUUCACCAGGUGUUCCUAAUAGGCACACGGGACCUUUAUCAAGACAUUCGAGAGUACAUGCGAAUAUCGCAGGAACUGCGGUAUGGAAAGUCGGUUCGCGAGCUUUCUAGGAAGGAGUUGGAGCUUUAUUUUCAGAUACCCCGAGAUAUUAUAAAAGUGGCACCGGUCCUGUUUGUGAUAGCUUUGCCUGCCACAAAUUUCUUCAUGUUUCCACUGAUCUAUCUUUUUCCCAAGCAACUCCUUACCUGGCACUUCUGGAGCUUGGAACAGAGGGUCGACUUCUCGGUUGCGACGCAACGGAAAAAAGUGUCUAACUAUUUGCCCGUGCUUCGGUACAUGCAAGCGAAUGUACCCAAGGGUGAGGAAGGCCAGAAGCUGCUCAGGAUAUUUCACAAGCUUGGAAGUGGAACUCAUCCCACUGUGGAAGACAUCCUCGAUGCGAAGCAGUACUUCAUUGCCAAGCCGCUGGCUUUGUCCAAAUUGAGCAGGAAGCAUCUCUCCAGCUUGUGCCGGAUUCACGGGAAGAGCACCUUCUUUCUGGGUCGCCGGUCGAGGCUUUGGAGGCACGGGGGCUUUGUCCACGAGAUGGAUCUAGCCAUGGCACGUGAAGGCAUCGACCAGAUGGACGUCGCGGAGUUGCGAUGGGCUUGCUUUCUACGUGGUCUGAAUCCAAUGGGCUUGAGCAAAAAGGACUUGAUAGCAUGGCUUCAAGACUGGAUCAAAAUUUCAUCAAGCAUAGACAGUCAAAGCAUGUCACUGCUUCUGCACUGCCCAAUACUCUUGGCAUAUAACCAACCAAGCAACUGGAUUUUAAUCCACUGACCCAACAAGGUAGCGUUAUUAUCUCCUAGUCCUUAACGUCACAGGAAUUAAGCUGUUUCUCUAUAGUGAGCAUUUUAUCGAGUAAUAAUGAACCUGCAUUUUGAAACCAAAAACAUUGUUGACAACCAAAAAAAAGUAAUAUAUAUGUAUAUAUAUAGUACUAUUAUAAAUAAAAUCUGGUUUCCAAUAAA